CGUAUCAAGAAAGAAAAAGAAAAAGAACCAAAGAAAAAGAAAUCACCAUCCCACAGUUAAGUCUGCCUUGCUACAGCUAAACAGUGACUUCUAGGACCAAGAAAUCGCAGCCAGGGCUAGACCGGUGUUUGCCCUAAACUGGGACUUGCUUAGGCUGAGAAAUCACAUUUUGGCUUAUUGAUUUGGACAAGAGGUACAAAUCGCAGGCACCGCGAAAUCGAAACUUGCGAGAACCAAGAAGCCAACGACGCGCGAAACCGCAGGAGCCUGCGACAGAGACGCGAGCGGAGCCGCCAGGGGAGUGGGUUCUGGAGGCUAAACCAGAACCCGUGGGACGCCGCUCGCGGCGCUGUGAAGAGACGGCGCCCGCGCAGCUCCUCUGCCACUUGGCUCAGAAGAGCGGCGGGCUCCCCUGCCCAGCGCCGCCGCCGCCCGGGAACGCCAGACUCUGCGCAACUGGCUGCGACUCGAAGUCCCUCAGAUCAGCUACCAGAGCGCUGCCGCCACCGAGAAAAUGGAGGCACCGAGGAACAAGCUGUGCCGCGACCAAGAGAACUCGGCUCCGCGAAAUGGCGGUGCCGGGACUCUGCGAGUGACGCCAGCCGGAGGAGUUCCCAAGGACAACAUCCGUUUUGGCGCAACCAACUGUGUUGUCACGGAGAAAAUGUCGACCCUCGGAAAAGAGAGGUUCUGCGACCGAGAAAUUCGGUGCAACAAGUGCUGUGACAGAAACCCCCCCCCCCCCCCCCCCACCCCGCUCGGCGCUAUUGGCGAAAGAGCCAACAAAACGCUCGGUACUGCCACCCUGACACCGACUUUAGGACAUGGGCCUCGGAUGGAGAAAGGACGAGCGCGGAGCCACCGCGUAACUUCCUAAUGUCUUCAAAUAGCGAAAGUGCUAACCGGAAACUGCCGGCUGGGUUUACCUAUUGGUGUUUCGCUUGGGACCAACAGAUUCCAGAAACCAGAGGGACUGGAACCUAGUAAACUUCGGCAAUUGGGAAAUGACCUACCAGGACAAGUAACUGCUUCUGGCUCCGUGGUGCUGUCGGUCAACAUCCGCCGGCUCUGAGAAACGAGCUGCACUGUCAAUGAGAAACCGUGGGCACUGAGAAAGGAGCGGGCUGCAACUGAUAACUGCCCACCCGUUGCCACUAGGACAAAGUGCUGCCGGCACUACUCCCACCCUCCGUCCUCAAAUCAAUCCUCUCCCGCUUAAGAAGACCUUUAUUUUUCAUACCGAAGUCAUACCGAGGGCCACAGCAACCGACCCCUUGCGAUGUGCAUGGGAAAAGGAGGCAGUAUAGGGAUCGAGAAUCGGGCGGAUUAGGCUGGCCCUGGAAACAAAGUAAAAGCCAUCCGGGUUGCCAGCCAUCUUCCACUGCAAGAAACAAACCUUCCAGUGGCUGGGCUCCGCCCUUCUCCUUGGUCAGAGCCCUCCAGACUCCUAAGGGGAAGCCGACACCUCAUCCCUUUGGAAUUUGAAGCUCUCAGUCCAAGACCUCAGUGGAGAGUGAAAGACACAAUGCCGCCUGACCCAGGCUUCAGGCAUGCCCCAGCAGCUAGGUACCUCUCCAGGGGGUGGAACACUGUGGGAACUGCUAUUUAAUUCUGAUGGUUAACUCUGUCAGAUGGCCUUGAUAUAUGGGAAUAAUCGUUGGAAGAGGGUAGAGGAAAUAAGAACCGCAAGACUCUAGCACAGGACGCGUGGAUUGAUGGUGAGGCCUCUGUUUCCCCUCCCCUUGAAAUCCUCAAAGGGCAGUUCCAUUUCUAUCACCUUUGACCUUUGAAGUUCAUCCCUGAUGUCUUCUCCAUCUUUGGGAAGUGCAGUGCAAUUUCAAGCUCUUGAAUCUUCCCUCUCCCCCAUUUGUCAAAUAUGCUGACGCUACAAACUCCUUUUUUAUAGGAAGCCUGAAACUGCCAUUGAGCAGAAGGAAAACAUCCCUUUCCAGAACCUUUCUCGUUUCUCUAAAAAUCUGCACUUUUGGAAGUGAUCCCCCAAAGAGACCUCCAGACUCUACCAUGAGUGUCUCCAGCUGAACUCAUCAUGUCUAAUCCUCACCCUAGCUUAUCCUGUUCAAAUCAUUUCCAUCUUUUUCUGGAUGAAUCUGGGCGGAUGUCAGACCAGAGAAGAGCACAAAAUGCACCAGAGGUAAGAAGACCCAUUUUGGGCUCUCACUUCUCACCCACUCUCGAGAUGGUCACCUCCAGUCUUCCCCUCUAUACCCUACCCUUUCUUCAGCUAGCCAAAACCUGCCCUGGUACUUGAGGCUUCUUCAAUUGCCUUCUUUUGCAGGCAGUAGAAUAAAGGAAAGAGGGCAGUGUCAAUAGAAGAAAAGUUACAGCCACUUUAUCUAAUUGAAGAUACUGUGCAGAGUCUUUGAAAAAACAAAAUAUCCCACCAACCAUUCCUCUCUCUCCGUUUCUACCCUAGCUUCCUAUUUUAGCAAAAAUGCUGGGAUCAGCACUUCUGGAGGGAAGGGAUCACCCUUCCAGUUUAGGAAUGUGGAGAGGAGUUAUGGAGCUCACUUCCCUAAAGGAAGGGGCGUUCUACUUCCGGCAUUCAGAUUCAGUCUGAUUCCAAUAUGGUGUUUUUUGUGGGGUGGUCAGAGAAAGGGCAAGUCAGGAACUGUAUAUUCCUCAGCUAGAGACUCUAAGACAUUUGCAUUUGGAAAAUCAGGAGAGAUGCUGAUAUUGUUUGGCUCCAUGUCCCCACCCAGCUCUCACUUUGAAUUGUAAUAAUCCCCACGUGUCAAGGGUGAUACCAGGUGGAAAUAACUGAAUCAUGGGGGGUGGUUUUCCCCAUGCUGUUCUUGUGAUAAUGAGUGUGUCUCCAAGAUCUGAUAGUUUCAUAAUUGGCAUUUUCCCCUACUGGCACACAUUCUCCUGCGCCCCUCUGAAGAGGUGCCUUCCACCAUGAUUGUGAGUUUCCUGAGGCCAUGCAGAGCUGUGAGUCAGUUAAACCUUCUUUCUUUAUAAA